CAUCAGCGGCUCGCGUCACGUGACUGGUGUCGACGGCAGACUCUGGGAGCUGCUCUGCUCUUCUCCUCUGACAGGGAUCUCGUCUGUGCUUCUCUCAAGCCCAGGUGUGCAGUCUCUCUGAACAGGUCAUGUCAUUAAAGAUGGAAAUGGAUGCCAGUGGGGUGUCCAGGGCACCCAUCUCUGUUCUGCCUGCCGCUGAGGUCAAAGCCAGCCUGAAGCCAGAAGCCGAUAAACCCCGGUGCUCCAGCACCCCCUGCUCCCCCAUUAAAACUACUGUCUCAGGAUACCAGAUCCUCCACAUGAACUCCAACUAUCUAGUGGGCUUCACCACCGGUGAGGAGCUUCUCAAAUUAGCCCAGAAGUGGUCUAGCCCUGACAACAGCAACACAGAGGCCUUGCCCAGCCCCAUCAAAAAGCCUGUGGAUUUAAGCCUGCACCGAGCCUCGCGGAUUUACAAAGCCAAGAGCCGCUACUACCAACCGUAUGACAUCCCAGCCAUCAACGGACGCCGGAGGCGGCGCAUGCCCAGCUCGGGCGACGGCUGCUUGAAGGUGAGCGGGGAGCCCAGCAAGGCCUUACACGGGCCCCUGCCCCUCUGCCUGCUGAAGGGCAAGCGGGUGUACUCCAAGUCCCUGGACUACCUCAACCUGGACAAGAUGAGCCUCAGGGAGCCGGCGGACACUGAAGUGCUGCAGUACCAGCUACAGCAUCUCAAUUUGAGGGGCGAGCGCGUGUUCACCCGAAACAAGACAUGAGUUCUCAGAUACACACCAUUCAGCGUCCACCUGCCUGCACUUCAUACAGGGCCUUGAUUUCGACCACUCUGAUUAUAGGCACUUCACCACCGAAGCCCAAAGUAUACUUCAAUUUUUACACAUACGUGAGGGUGCAAGUUUACUCACUGCAUACUGUACACGCACAACCAGAUUUUCAUAACCGCACAUGCACACUGACUUGGUUUUGCAAUAAUCAUUUGUUCCACAAACUGUCCGCACUGGCCCGGACCAUGAUUCACAAUAACACACAAAACUAAAGAGUCAGAACCAACAACAACAGACGCCCACAUUCCCAAACGCUCAUGUGAGGGGGUUAUGAGAGAGCCACAACUCUAGUUUAGAAGAACACACAGACAUUUUCAUCAGUCAUAGCUUCUGGAGAAAAACAGAGCAGGCACUGGACAAAGAUUACACUUUCUAGAGCGCUCGUUUAUCUAAUGGAGGAUACUGCGUUCGACUGUACACACAAACUAGCGUGCACAUAUUAAAAUGAAGUAUACUUUGGGCUCAAGGCAUCCAUAGAGCACUAAUCUCGAGGCGUGAUGAAGCACCGUCGGGUCCAGUUAGGGGAAACUAAAGGAGUAGUUCAUGCAAACAUACCAGUCACUCUCUACUUAACUCUCAUGUUGUUCCUGACCGAAAACACCAGGAGAAUUUUUUUUAUAGACACAGACACAGCUCAUUUCCAUAAUGAGCCACGCAUCUAUCAAGAGCUGCUCUAAUUAGCAAGCAUUGCAGCCAUGUCAAGCGCAAAAUGGCUCAAGACAUGCUUUUUUUGGGCAUUAAAUAAUGACACGAAUAACAGUGAAUUGUCUACUUAUCCUGUUUAUUUAAAUACUCUCCUCCUGUAAAUGUUAAGUCUUAAAGAGAAACUCCUAUAAAUGUUUAUGCUGUAAGAUAAGCCAUAAAAUUAACUCCUCCACACCUUUCCUGGGUUUAGAGAGUUUGCAUUGGUGCAAACUGUUAGUAAAUCUGUCCCAAAGUCUGCUAAAGCUAUAGCUUUGUGUAGCGAACAGGCUGAAAAUUGUUAUUGGUCCCCUGAAUAAAGACUUUGAAUUCAGUCUUUCACACAAAACUAUCAAGAGACUUGAAUUAAAUAAACGUGGCAGUCUUCUGCCAGAAUGAGAGCUUCAUGCAUCAUCAUGUGAAAGUGAAGAAUUAAAGACAGCCAUGAUUAUUAAUGUUGUCAUUUUUCAGUUAUUAAAAUAAAUAUUUUUGGGGGUAAUAUUUGUUUAAUAUAAUCUUUUGAAUGAUAAUAUAAUGUAGAAACAUUCUAACAAUAUAACUUUACGGCUAAAUUGUGCGGCCCUACUUAUGAACUGACUUUGUAUGAAAAAUAACAAAUAAUAAAAAAGAAUCCCUUCUCUUCAGUUUGGAAAAACAUGAGAGUGAGUAAAUACUGACGUGAUCACUACUCCUUCCUCCACUCUUCAGAUCAUUGUAGAAGGGUAUGUACAUUCAUAGCGACGUUUCUCAAGAUUAGCAAUAAAUGGUGUGGCUUAUUUGCGUAAUAUCUUCUGUGUGUGUGCAAAACACUUAGACCGUUGGAAAUGUUGUUGCUCCAUUUAGUCUUAUGUUGUCCCGUUACCUCUGAUCAUACACUUGUGUUAUUCUGCUAACUUCAGUAACUCGUGUCAGGUGAGCUUCUCGACUGUUACACAAUCUGGAUGUUGUUUAAAACAGACUCUGAUAGGCUUUGUGCAAGAGAGGCUUAUCUCUGGAGCACCCAAACUAACACUAGCUUAGAGAAACCAUGGAUGGCCUUUUCAUUCUUUAAUCAGUAUUUAACCGGAGACUCGCCAGAUCUUUUGAAAUGACACUGAAUGCUGUGUUGUAGUCUGUAUGCUAAUCAAGGUUGUUGUGAGAUUUACUUUCUCCAUUAAUACGUCUCUUUUCCCCUUCACAUUGCACGCAGUAGACAACACUGCUAUAAAAACCAAAGUCCAGGGGAACUUGACUCAUUUUUGAACAGCAGACAAUCUUUCAUGGUUUUAGACAGUAAGCGCUAGUAACAGUUCAUGGGAUCUGAUCUCUCUUUAUUUUGACAACAGUGUUUAUGUGUCCAUUUGCUUUCUGAAAUGUUUAUAUCUUUAUCAUCAUGGAAGAUGCUAGAUCUAAACCUUUGAAUAUUACUUGUUUCUUUAGGAUCUUUGUUAUUAUUGCGGUUGUUUCUCUUAUCACGUUAUUUCAUUCUUUUCAAAACUCCUUUUUUCAACUCGUUUAGUUGAACCCCUCCUGCAUCUUUUUUCUUCUAUAUCUUCCACCUGUAACUUUGAUAAUCCUUUGACUGAAUUGCUAGAUUUCACACUUUCUAUGGGUUGUUUUGUUUGACACCUACCCAUCUAAUCUUUUUGAUCUGCCAUAUUAUUUUAAUCUUUCAUUUAUCUAACCAUAGGUGGAAUAUGCUCUGAAAAGCACCUUAGAUUCAGUCAUUUUAUAUAUUUAUUAAUUGUGAUGUGUUGGUGAUUUGUUUUAUUACAGUAUUUCCAAAGUUUGACAUAUUGGGUUUAAUUAAUAGUUUUGUUGUCGUUUGAUUUCCUGACUACAUAGUGUUCAUGUUUAUGUGCUAUAAAUCUAUUGGACUACUGUUUAAAUUGAAUUAGUGACAUUACUGGAACGGUGUAACUCAUUUAUCUUCACAGCAAUGAAUAUACAAUGCUUAACACUGAGUGAAAGAUCAAGCCUGUUUUAGUCUAUUAACUAGAUUUACUACUCAUAAAGUAAAUGAUCAGUUCACAGGUAUCAAGGAAUGGGCUUACUAGUGUUAAAAACAGCUCUGAUUCUGAUUCCCAGUCGUGGACAUUUCUUUUGAGUAGCAGUCAGCCGACUGUCAGUUUGUGCUACUAACUGGUUUUUAGGUAUAUAUUGUAUUAUUAUUAUUAAUUCUUUUUUUUCAUGAAAUAGUGAAAUGCUCACCAAGAAAUAUAUUCAUACAGCUCUGUAAUAUUUCAGAGCCAACAAGGCUAAAAAUCUUAAGCUUGAAGACCUGUCAUGCACUGAAAAUGUUUAACUGUUGUGUUCUCUUUUAUCAAAAAUGUCGUAGUAAUAAUAUUAAUAAUUUAAAAACUGUUCCUGCCUAGAAGGAUACAAUGUAAUUGAUUUGAACACAUGUAGAUUUGAAUCUCUUAAUGAAUAAAAAAGCAUUAGAAACCACUACUGGCUGCAGUGCCUUCAGUAAGACAGUAUGUGAUUUAUUCAGAAGGCAUGUCUGAGUUUGUGUUAGAAUACUUGAAUACACACGUAAUGUUCUGUUAUCUUCUAUUCUGAACAUUCUUUUAAUGCUUAAUGUUCUUUUACCCCCUACAAGUUUAACUCUUGUUUUUGUCAAAGUUUGAGUUUCAUUUGAUAUUAAUAAAACACUGAUCUUUGCAUUGUG